AUGUACUACUACUGCCUCUCAACGCUUCCAGCCUUUGCAACUGUACGGCCCAAACCCACAUCUCUCUCUUCCAAUCGAGCUAUCCCCAUCAGAGCCAUGAAAGCCGUCGUCCAGCGAGUCGCUUCCGCCAGCGUCGAGAUGGAGGGCCGCACCAUCUCGUCCAUUGGGCCGGGCCUUCUCAUCCUCGUCGGCCUUCGGAUAACUGAUUCCGGCUCCGAUGCUGAGUACAUGUCUUUAGAGUGUUUAUGGUUUUUGUGUACUUGUUGUGGGUUGACAGUGAGUCAGUUUACAUUGUAUGGAUUCCUGAAGGGUAACAAGCCUGAUUUUCAUGUGGCUAUGGCGCCGGAUAAAGCAAAGCCCUUUUAUUCUUCCUUGGUUGAGAGUUUUAGAAAAUCAUACAAGCCGGAUGCAGUAAAAGGUGAAACUUUCCUCCUUUAA